AUGACUAUUGUACAGCAUGGUUUGCCCUUCGGUAAAUCUACAAUUUUUAUCGUUUCAGUUGUGGAGGUAUGCAAAGACAUUGCUGUUCAAUCUAAACACGAAUUAAUAUUAGACACUUCCUUGUUUACUCCUGAUUAUGGAAAAUGUGUUUGUCGAUUCAAUGUUACUGGAGAAUACCUUGAAAUAGGCCAUUUAGACUCUUCCGUAAAGUGUGGAUCAAAAAUAGACUUCCAUGUGGGAACAAGUCCAAAUAAUGAAUCACAGUCAAUAGACUGCACCACUGCCACAGCCGAGUUUAAUACAACUGAAAUAAAUUAUGGAUCAUUAGUUUUAUCUCAGCUAGAAACUGGUGCCGUUGCCACAGGAUUCUGUAUUUCAAUGCAAACUGAACUAAACGCAUUUAUAUCUCUGCAAUGUGAUUCUUUACCGGAAGUAAGCACGGGAAGUAAAAACUCUGAGACCCUAACAAGCACUGAGAGCAAAGUUAGUCCCAUCUCCAUAAAAGACAUGUUUCAAGAUCAGUCAACAGGAGCAUCUAAUGCAAUUAAGGAACUUCUCAGUAAAUCCGGAAUCAGUCAGGAUAGUAUAUUUUUAGAGCCAACCUUGAUUCAGACUCCUAUUAAUUCCCUUGAAUUAAUGGACAAAAUGGUAACUCCUGCAGUAAUUGGAGAUAAAGCAGAAGUCGAUUCAAAUACGCCAAACGUAUCAACCAACGAAUACUCUACAACAACUGCGAAUGUAAUCGAGAAUAAUGUUACUUUCUCAACAUCUCCAGCACCAACAACUAGACAAGACCAAUUCCAAGCAAGUAUCACUUCUCCAUCGACUUCAUCUAGAAAUACACAAAUACCAGCACAAACAACAUCAUCAUCUAUUCAAGAAAAAUCAACACAGAUUAUUGAUAACAAAACAAUCAGCUCACAACCUACUACUAAGCAGAAAUCUGUUGUCACAUCCCCUUCAUCAGCAUCCACCAAAAUUCCUGUAACUACCCACCAGGAAACCAAAGAACCAUCAACCACUGAUUCAGUUGCUGUUACAAGCAGUACUUUAUCAGCCUCCACCUCUGAAACAUCGGUAGAUAUAUCUUUCACCACAGCAACUGUUACUAUGGCAAUGGACAUCUCUAGAUCAAGUCCACUUUCAACCUCUUCAACAACAGAAAAAUCAGCAUCGGCAAAAUUGGAAGAGUCAGCUCUCUUUAAUAAGCAGACUACAUCAACGGUAUCUCCAACCCCCUCAGUUUCUAUAGAAACAUCAACAGCUUCAUCGCCUGGAACAACAAUUAGACCUACAGCAUCUGGAGUUAUAUCAACUAUCAGUAGUUCUGAUAUUACAACUCCUAUCUUGUCUUCAACCAUUCUGGGAAUGUCGACGUCUGAUUCAAAAUCAGCGUCUUCAACACCCAGUUCAGAUUUAACAACAUCUGUUUUAUCUUCAACACCUACAAGUUUGCCUGUUAAAACUUCUACGACAGAAGUGCUUAAAUCAUCAGAAAUGACUACAGAGUUAAAAUCAGCUUCCUCAAGAACACUGGAAACAACACCAAAUCUCGAAUCGAUUUCAAAUCGAAAUGUUACUACACCAAGCAGCAUUACAUCGUCAACGACUCAGCAUGAAAUUUUAUCGUCUCAGGAAAAUUCAUUUACUACCACCAAGUAUACAGGACUCCCUGAUUUAAAUGAGUUAUAUUCAGAAGAACUUCUCCGCAUGUCGUCUUCAACAGUCUCUCCACAGACAAAAAGAACUACGACACCUUCGCAGUCCCAGAAAACAGAUAUACCACAAACAUCUACUAUCCCUACUGAGAGUGAGACAACUGUUGCACCAACAACAGAUCCACAAGUCAAAAUAAACGCAACCAAUGCUCUCCCUGAUUUAAAUGAGUUGUAUUCAGAGGAACUUCUGCGUAUGGCAACAUCUACAACAAAUGGUCCACACACAAAAAUAACAACAACAUCCUCAGACACACAAGGGACGAACGUAACACAAACAUCGAUUAUUCCAACUGACAGAAAAACAACUACUGUAGCAACAAGUUUAGAAGUUAACGCAGCCACUGAAGAAACAGCCAAAUCUACAGAAAUUACAACUAAAGAUUCAGUCAAGGAAGUGCAAACAGUGGCACCAACAACAGAGGCCGUCAAAGAUGAAUCAACAAAGUCUCCAAACACAGCAACAACAGGGGCUGUGAAAGAUGAAUCAACAAAGUCACCAAACACAGCAACAACAGAGGCUGUCAAAGAUGAAUCAACAAAGUCUCAAAUCACAGCAACAACGGAGGCUGUCAAAGAUGAAUCAACAAAGUCUCCAAGCACAGCAACAAAAGAGGCUGUCAAAGAUGAAUCAACAAAGUCUCCAAUCACAGCAACAACAGACAGCAUACCUGAUACGACGACAUUAAAAGCAAAAACUACGAUUACGACAACAAAAACAACAGUACCAUCAACAACAUUUAAGCCAACAACAGAGAAGGUGAUGCCAGAAAUAUCAGAAAAAGCAACAAAAGUUCCAGAAAUUAAAGACGCUACCACUCCAAAGGCAACCGUUGCACCUACCAUCAAACCACGAGGUGAUGUGGAACCGGAAACUGCAAGACCAAUGAUCGUAGAAAAACCAGUAAUGACACGGUUACCUCCCAUUGUUAUUCCUAUUCAUUCAACAAAGGAAAUUACUCUUAAACCGUCAUUCAAACCUGGUCAGAAAACCCCCGAAAAAGAUGGAAGUAGCAAACCUCCCGCAGACCUUUCCACUGUCGAUGACUCGGAACAGCUCGAUGAUGACACAAUUACAGUUAUUGUGGUUGGUUCAGUUAUCGGAAUCCUGGUUUUCAUUGCAAUUAUCGUAAUAUUGGCUACCUUCUUAAAAUCAAGGAGAAAUGCCAGUAAGCAAACGGAGGAGAAAGACGAUAUUGAAAUGAAUGGGGGAACCAAAGGAAUUGAUAAUCCCCUGCUUCAGUUGGAGGAGGAAGAGUCUGCGGCCAAUGGAUCAGCAGGACAAAGUAACGGAAAGGCAAACGGAGUGGUGGAAGGAAAAUCGGCGGAAUCCACCAGCGAAAAUGGAAAUGCUACCACCUCAGCGGAAAAUUCUAAAGAAGAAAAGGUUGAAGUGAUUUCUGCGUGAUCUCUAAUGAAUACAAAUUAAUUAAAACGCAUAGGUUUAUGGUUUUAUACACUUUCAGUGCCAAAGAGGCAGUAUAUGCAUUUAUGGCAUUAAGGACUCGAUCGCAUCCGAUCUUGAGAUGAAAAGCUAUUUACGGUACAGGGUACCAACAUGUACAUUGCAUAUU